AUGGCAUAUCUAUCUAUCUAUCUAUCUAUCUAUCUAUCUAUCUAUCUAUCUGCAUAUGCAUUCACUCGAACGUUGUCCUGGGAAUAUCCGUCCGUGACGAACUACCAUUCCAAGGUCCGGCAUUCCAAUGCAAAGAAAACCAAACCACAAAGACACCUGCACUUAUCAUUAACGGAUUUGGGAGCAGAGAAACAAGAAGCGACUGUGAAUAGAAUUACUUUUUCUUUCUUUAUCAUUUUUUUAAAUCUUUUUCUCUCCUUUUUCUUUUUUUUUUUUUUUCUCCAAUUUUUCUUCGAGAAUUUUCUUUUUUUAUUCGGCAUUUUUUUUUCUCGUAUUUCCCUCUUCCUCGCCUUCGGAUCUUAUAUUUUUCUAUUUACUUUCUUCGUUUUCUCUUUCCUUUUCUUCCACUACAUUUUCAACUUCUUUCUUUCUCCUCACUCUUUUCUUUUUUUAUCAACAACGUGUUGGUCAAAUGUUCUGGCCUUUUUUGCAAGAAACAAUAUUGAUGUCUUUUUCUUUUUAUACAAUUGCUUCACUGUGAAGCUCAUUGGGUUUUCGUUUAAUCAUCAGACUACCGCCAUUUUGUUCGUCAUUAUCUAUGCACAACAACGGUUUCACCUUCGAUCGCCGACACAAUUAUACAUUGGUGGAAUCAUAAAUAUCUCGGCAUUGAGAUCACCAAACCUUCCCCCAGUCCCUUCCACCUUCCCCACCCCAAGUCUCACAUGGCAACAAAUCAACGUAGCACUGUCCAUUCCUUUUACCAUUUUUCAUUGUUACAUUUCUUCUUCUUCUUCUUCUUCUUCUUCUUCUUCUUCUUCUUCUUCUUCAUUUCUCUUUCCACAUUUUUUCAUUUUUAUAUCUUCAGCAUUUCUUCUUCUUCGUUUUCUUCUUUUUAUUUCACUUUUCACAUUUUUCCUUUUUAUAUUUCCACCAUUUUUUCUUCUUUUUCUUCUUCUUGCUCAUCUUUUACUUCUGAUUCUUCUCUUCUUCUUUUUCUUCUUCUUCUUCUUCUUUAUUUCUCUUUCUGCAUUUUUUCCUUUUAAUAUCUCCACCAUUUUUUCUUCUUCUUCUUCUUCUUCUUCUUCUCUGAGCCUUUCGUUCUUCCCUUCAUUGUCGACAUCAACUGCACUCCACAACGUAUUCCCCAGUCACAGCCAUGUCUCCCUUCAGACCGCCCGCCCACCAGCCUUCAAAUCAACUUUUGGAAUCAUCACGGCCGACCGAUAG